UUAUAUUUAAUCCAGAAAUAAAACAUUUGAGAAUAGCAUUGUUAUUUAGUAUUGCUUAAAAGUGCAAAUGGAAAAAGAAAUUCAACAAACAAAAAGCUCCAAUAUAAUUGAUAAUGUCAGAUAAUUUCAUCUGAUAUGAUGUUAGCUGUUGAACUGCAAUAUAAAUUAAGUUCAUUUUAAGCCAGUAAACAGAACAAUUUAAACAGAAAAGUAACAAAGCUGCCUGUCAAAUUUAAAUGAACAGAUGCUUUCAUAAAAGCUGUUGGUGCUGUACAAUGGGAACAAUGGGAGAGACUGAAAUGAGAUGACACGGCUUAAAAACAUGACUCGGUUCUUGCUCUAGCUCAUAAUUAUAGUAAAAAAAUAAUAAUAAAAAAGGCCACUGAGUGAAAGAAUAACUUCUGUAUGGAAAGUGUAAAAAAAUCUCAUAAUAAUACCAGAGAGCUGAACAGAGCACUCUUACUGUAGUUCAGGGCAGCACCAUUUAAAUGCUAACAGCAUUCGUGGGACGAGUCCUAUCAGGAGCACAAUCGGCUGCGCAUUUGGGUUGCAGAGGUGGAUGUUGCUGGAGAUCUGUAUAUCAGGUGAAAUCUUCCUCGUCACAUGGGAGGGCUGGGCUGGCUCUUCUAAUUUCACUGGCAAAUGCAGUUAUCAGUUUCUCAGAAGUCAGCCUAAACAAGAAAGAAGCUGUUCAGAUGGAAUAAUAUGCAUUCAUGGAUCCUUUCCAAAGCACGGUCUAUUUUCUUCUGUACGAAACUCUAAUUGUUCUCAUUGGUUCUAGUUCUGCAUUUUUAAAGGUGCCCAACCACAUCAUACAUGGGAUUAAAGGACAGUCUCUGGUAAUACCUGUGGAAUAUGAUGUUAGGUCUAAGGUUGAUGACAUUCAGGGUAACUGGGAGUUCAAAAAACUGAAUGAUAACCACUACAAGCAUGUGGUGACAUUCCGAAAUGACCUGUUCAUUUAUGAUAUGUGCAUGGAGUUCAAAAAGAAAUUUAAACUUCACCCCCCGAAUGCGUCCUUACUGAUUACAGAUUUGGACACUAUGGAGGAAGGGCAAUACAAGAUAACAGUGAAUGUUCAAAUGAAGCUCAUGGUCACAGAUGAGAAAACGAUCCAAGUUACUGUGAACGUGCCUGCAUCGAAACCAGUUAUUCAAAUUAUACCGAUGUCUGAAAUAGUCGAGGACCUACAUAAUGUAACAUUACGCUGCUUUGUUGAGUUUGGGACAAACAUAGAGUAUCAGUGGCUACAUGAUGGGAGACUUCUUCAAGGAAAUCAUCGCCACAACUUUUAUGAAAAUAGUAGUGUGCUUUAUAUAUCUCCUGUUAAAAAAGAAGACAUUGGUGACUACAUUUGUAUGGUGAGGAACUCGAUUAGCAAAAACCAAAGUGAUCCAACGGCAGUUAAUGUUUUCUAUGGACCCUAUAACCUAACUGUGAAUUCUGAUAAGGGGCUGAAAACGGAUAAAGUAUUUACAGUUCAUGCAGGAGAGCCCACUUUGUUUCAUUGCUCUGCUGACUCAAACCCACCAAACACCUAUGUGUGGAUUCGCAAACAAAACAAUGAAACUGAGAAAAUUAAAACUGGACCCAAUUUUCUCAUAAACUCACAUGACAUUGCACAAAAGGAGGAAUACAUGUGUCACGCUUACAAUAAUGUCACCAAGAAGGAGGAGCAAGCUCAGUUUACUCUUAUAAUUGUUUUUAUGGAUAAAGAAAAAAUGGCCCAGAAAGAACAGCUAGUGUCCUCUUUAGAAGUGCUGACAGUAAUCUCUGUCUUUAUAAUUUUGAGUAUGCUUGUUGUGUUCAUCUGGAAAACAUGUCAUCCACGAAAAGUAAUAAAGCAGAUAUACAGAAGGCCAAUGUCUGAAAACAGGAGACCUCAUCGCUCAGGUCAUGAAGAUGCAAAAGAAGACUUUGGAAUUUAUGAAUUCAUUGUCAUUCCUGGUACUUCAGAAACUGCCCAGUUGUCCAGCAAAUCGCUAUCAGAACCCGAUUCUGUUCAAGCUCAGGAUUUGCACACAGCAAUCUAUGAUGUCAUCAGGCACCUUCCAGAAUCUUCAUCUCAGGGUCUACUGAAGUAACGCCACUGGCUGCUCUUCACUACAGUCUUUUUCUUUCUUGACAAAAAGUAUCCCUCCUACAAGCAAUAUGGUUUUUGGACAGUAUGGAUGCUUCCACUGUCAAAGUGCAUUGGUUGCUUACUAUUUUUAUAGAGAAAAGUCUUCUGUGAAGAAAAAACAUAUUCUGCUUUGACAGGUUUUUUAAGCAAAACAGGCAAAGUUGGCUAAUUUUAUUUUAUUAGGCAGAACAGUUGCUUGCCAUCAUCUAAGGGUUACAUCCAAUUAUGACAUAUUUCACAAUGAUGAAAUGAUAGACCUUCAUGCAUCUUAUCCAUUUCUUUACCAACACAUUCUUCUUCAUUAAAGCAGUAAAUAGAUGGACUGAUAUUUUCAUUAUCUUAAGGUCCUAAAAUAGUAAAUCUGCGCUGGACUGCUUAGAAGACCAAGCUAUAAGUAAAAUCUCCGGAGCAUGUAGCACACAAAGAAAAGCAAAAGAUAUUCUUAAAGUAUAUGCUAAUAUUGACAGAGUAGUAGUUUAAAAAAUAUAUAUAAAUUUACUGUAUAUAUUUAUGAUAUUAAUUCUCCAUUCUUGCUUUAGUCCUUCAUUCACCUGGAUAAAUUUAUUUAGACCUUUUCAUCAUAUAAUUUCCCCUCAGGCAAGUAGUCAUAACUGAACAUUUGAAUGCCAGUAAUCAUUAUUCACAGAAUAGGUGCACAAAUAGACCUGCUCAUUAAAAAAGCAUUAUUUUACAUUGUAAUAUUAAUUCCAAAUUUUAGUUUAUGUUGAAACGUUAGCAAAAGUAGGAAAUAUGCUGCAUCUGUCCCUGACAUUCAAUCUGGAAAUUGGAGUCUGUAGGACUUCAAUGUUUAGAAAAUAUAAAGUACAAAAUGUUGUCCGUGCUGCAUGUUUUGAAUUUCAUUCUGCUUUAGAGUCCUGCAAUCCACACUUCCUCUGUAUGACUUGCAAGUAAAAACAACUUAAUUUCUCUUUUGUUAACUGCUGAAUUGAAAGACCCAAGUACUCCAUUAGGAGUUUUAAACAAAUAAAUAUGUCUGCUAUAUAUAGUUAUAUAUGUAGACUUACAUAGGUGGCAUGCAGUGGUAUCACUGCAGUAAAGAGAUCAGUGUUCCCUGUAUGAAGUUUGAAUGUGUUCCCCAUGUCCGCACUUUUUUCCUGUAGGUGCCCCGGUUUCCUCCCUCACUCUAAAAUUAUGGAGGUUAGGUGAACUGGCUUUGCCAAAGUGUGUGUGUACACGCUGUGAUGUCCUGGUGCCCUGUCCAGGGAUUGUCCCUGCCUUGCUCUCUAUAAUUACUGGGAUAGGCACCAGCUGCCCUGGAUAGGCAGGCUAGUAAGAUGGAUGGAUUGAUCUUCAACACAUUUAUCAUUAGUACCCUAGUGGAUUGUUUCUGCCAAAUUAAGCUCUUGUCUUCCAUCGGCCAAUCAGUUUCUUUUUAUCUACAGUUGAUGGUCCGCUGAUAACGAGUACUUUUACAAGUAGGCUGAAGUAUGCACAUUAAGGCAGCCUACAUACGAACCCACAUUUUGACUCUUUUUUGAUUAUCAUCAACUAAUUGUUAAAAGAUAAUGAGCUGCAUGGCAUACUACUGCAAAUGAAAAAGGAUUGUCCAGGCAUUGGACAUUUCAGACAUCACUUAUAUGUUAUUCUUUAUUUUUUGAUGCUAGCUUUUUUAAUUAUUAAUUUAAUUUGUUUUGUUAUUUUUUCAUAAUUUGGUCUAAAGGAUAUGACGUCUUUUUAAUUGUCAGUGUGUGGUUUCCGUUGCUUCAAAUGCUAAGGAAGAUAAUGCUUUUGCUACUUGACUAAACUUUAAAUCAGGAAAGACUCCUUUCAAACAAAUCAAAUUAAAGUAAGAGCCUAAUUUAAGAAUUUCUGAAAAUUGCUCACCAGUCGCAGUUAACUUUGUAUUUUUCCUAACAUUUGAAUUCAUGAUCCCUGCAGGAUCAUUUCUUAAGAAUUGCUGUCCAUUAAUUAUGAUUUUUUUUGUAUUUUUUUAUUCUGUCUUUGCCUCUCAGAAAAUAUUCAUCCAUUUAGAGAAAUAUAUUCCUUGUUCUUAUGGACAGACAAAUCCAUUUUUAUCUGUUCUGCUAUAAAUCUACUUCUAGCACUGUUACCAUUCAAUGGAUUGAUUACAAGCCAACUAAUAGUAUGUGUCAGUAUACUGUAUUGAGAUGUAAUUCCAGCCAUUUAUUUUUAUUUAAGAUAUUACUCACUUAAUAACAGCCUUGAAUGAAAGCACAAUGUACACUGGUUUGUCUACCUUUGCCUAUGAACUGCUAACAUUCAACAAAAUUGCUUUAAUGAUGCCAAGUGAUCCCAUCAGCCACUGCAUUAUUUCAGAAUUUAAAAGAAGAAAAUUCCCACCAUCUGUUCAUAAAUAAAUAAAAUUGCAGUCAUAAAAACACUUUGGGCGUACAUUACAUAGACAGCAGACAUCCUUCCAGGAUAUGCAGAAUGUCUGUGCUUUAAAAGUGUCCGGUUUACAGAAUGACAUAUGUAUUUACAGGGCGAGGCUUUUCUCAUUUUUACAUUUGUUUUGUUAAAUCCAUGAAUUAUGUGAGCAUGUUAAGUCAAGAAAAUACAAGUGUUUAGUGCAACUGUCAAAGUCAGGUUUCUGCUGUUACAAAAGUGGCACUAAAGACAAACACUGCCUUACUCCCUGAUGAAUGUGCUAUACAGUACAAAUAUUGGGACUUUUGUCAAUUUGCCUUUAUAUAAAGCAGGUAUGGCGUAAGACAACAGUUUUUCUUGUUAACAAUUUUGCUCAGGUUUGCUAUGCUUGUUUUCUAUGUUUUUACUGUUUCAGCAAGCAAACAGUAAUGUACUGUAUAUAGUCAACAAAAAAUAUUUUACAUGGACCCUUUUCACAAAAUCUGGAAGUGGAGCUUCAGAGGGUGUAAAUAUAUUUUCAGCAAAAUACCUCAUAUACAAAUAAACAUCAAGAGGAAAAUUGGAUUUUAAGUUAGAGAGUGGCACAUGAUUGUACUACUACAAGGAAGAAAGGGUUCACACAUCCUUGUGCCUAAUUUCGGAUGUGUUGAAGAAGUGGAGAUCAAGCUGUCCUCAGAUAUGGACAGAAGGUGAUUCACAGGUUGGGAGUAUGUGUGCUGCAGGCAAUGCUGAUAAAGUUAAUCGUGGUAUUCUUGUGCCAAAAUUCAAUUAGAACAGUAAUUGUUGCAGAGAGGUAACCAUGGAUAUCAAGCAAGUAGGCUUCUUGCCUCUUUGUUUCAUUUUUUUAAAACAGUUAAAGACAUAAUCCAUCCAAAAUCGUAAAUAUGUGCCAAUGCAAGUAAUCACCUCUUCUCAGGAAUUCACUCAGAGAAAUCCUUCCUCUCAGCUUCACAUAACACUGGAGACAGCAGUGGUGGGACUUGAACUCUGGGACUUGGGAUUACAGAGCAUCCUUUCAGCCAAAGAAACUAAGGAAGAAAUGCCUUUUCUGCAGUAGAGAAAUGACUUUUGACUGAGGAUACUUCUCUGCAGCGACCUGAUUCUUUCUUUUCUCUCACUCUCAUCCACGUUACACUUUGCCACUCUCAUUACAGCAAUGUAUAUUCAGCAUACAUUUAUAGGUAUGUACAUUCAAAUUUAACACUCUUAUUGUGCAAAAUAAGCAUUAUAGUAUAUAAAGACGCUAGAGUGCAAGGUUUCUCAACCACUUGGUUAAGUCACACUUUUGGGUCGUGAGUUGCUAUAGGUUAUAGUGGUAGUGGGUUGCAUUUCUGACAAUCGCAUAUGUUACCUCCUUGUCCCACGAUUGCGCUCAGUUUACCCAGGCGAACCCUCACCUUCACUGCUAUAAUUGCACUCAGUUGAAAGGGUUGCAAACACAUUUCAAUGGGAAAAAAAUGGGUCGUAGUACCAGUAAGUUUGAGAAACAGCAUAUCAUGAAACAAUGUAUAGGAGAUUUAACAUUUUAAAAUUAAUUCUUGCUUUACUUGAAACUUCGGUAAAUAUAAAUACUCAUAUGUUGCAAAUCUUCCAUUAGCAUUGUGUGGUUAUUGUGGAAACAGAGAAUAAUGGAAAUAUUCAAAAAGGGACAAAUGGGGCACAUUACCAGGAAUAGAUUAUUUGUUAGAAAAGCAUAUCUCAUUUUGUAUCUAAGUAAUGAUGUUCCAAAUAGACUAACCAAAGUUAUAAGGAGACCAGUUUCCCUAUCAAAUGCUGAUUCUAAGAAAAGUUGCACAAAAAGUUUUGGGAAGCUCUAUACUUAAGGUGCCUUUUCACAUCAGUGGUAUGAGUGAUACAUGUCACUGGCAUGGUGUACUGUAAAUAAAUACUUUUCUUUAUUACUUAUCAAAUCAACCCAUCAUUUUCUCGACCCCUUUGUGCUUCAGGAAACUUUUGAAAGCACCCUGUUGUUCACGAUAGCAGCUCUUGUUGCAUAAUUCUAUCAUAGUUACUGGGUAAAUAAAAAUACACUUUACUCAUUGGGAGCUGCUUUUGGAAAAUAACAGAAAUUGUGAAAAGGGUCCAGUGGGUAAAACUGUAAAAAACAGUAAAAGAAUGGUUAACACAGAACUAAAAGACUGGAAAUUGUGUUUCUCUUUUUUGUAAGAUAAUGUGAAAAAAGGUAUUUAGUAAAAAAAUGAAAAAUAUUGCAGCUCAAACACAUAUUAAAGUUUUUUUUU